UUAAUUUUAUUCAAAGAAUUUUUAAUCUGGAAAAAAAUGUGAGCAAAAAAUUUUUUUUUUUUUAACACGCGUACAAGCCGGUAGAGGCGUCUUUUUUUCACUCUCUAUCGCUUUGUUGUCAUCAUCAAUUGAUGCAUGCUCAUCGCUCAUUGUUGCAUGCCAUCUAUGGAUAGAGCCAAGAAAAUUUUUUCAUUGAAAAAUUCAAUUCUUCAAGAAUUUCAACUUUUUUUUUCUUGAAAUUCUUUCACACAUGGAUUCUAAAUGUUUUGUGGAGAAUUUACGAAAAAAUUAUAAAAAUCAAUCUGAGACAACGACGAAAAUCCAAUGUUCAACAAUCACUGGUGAUGAUGAUGAUGAUGAUGAUCGCGGCAAACAUCGAUGGGCUUCAUGUAUCGAUGAUUAUAACCUGUUGGAUUUGAUUGGUUCUGGAUCGUUUGGCCGAGUUUUUCGUUCAUAUUGUAAAUCUAAUGGUCAAGAAUGUGCCAUAAAAUGUAUUUCGAAACAAAAUUCUCGUAUGAAUUUGGAUAAAAUUCUAAGUGAAGUUUAUAUUCACAUACGAUUAUGUCAUCCAAACAUAUUGCAAUUAUUUACCGUAUUGGAAGAUUCAAAAGCCGUUUAUUUGAUUAUGGAAAUCUGUCAUGGUGGAUCAUUAUCGAAAUUGAUUUCUGAGAGAAAGCGUCAAAAUUCUAUUUAUCCAAUUCUACCAUAUGAAUUGAUCUCAUCAUUAUUGCUACAAAUCUGUGAUGCACUCGAUUAUCUUCAUCGUAAUUCCAUUGUUCAUAGAGAUAUAAAUCUAAAUAAUAUUCUACUUACACAACCUUAUCAUCAUCAUAGUGAACAAUCAAACCUGGUGCAUAUUAAAUUGGCCGAUUUUGGACUUGCCAUUGAUCAGAAACAAAUGCGCCAUGGUCAUCGUUCAUCAACCAAAGAUGAUGAUGAAUUAUUUGUUUCAACAAUCUGUGGUACACCGGGUUUCAUAUCGCCUGAAAUAUGGAAUCAACAAAAAUUUAUCUCAUAUAAAAGUGAUAUUUUUAGUUUAGGAUCAAUCAUUUAUGCUUGUAUUGCUGGCCAUACACCUAAAGGUGAUAUUAUUUUAGAUUCAUUUCCACCAAUGGCUGCCGAUUUAAUUACACGGCUAUUGGAACAUGAUCCAGAAAAACGUUUACAAAUCCAACAGAUAAAACAACAUAUUUUUCUUGCUGGCCGUAUCAAUACAAAACGUCUGCAUCCAAUAGAAAAACAAACAAAUACAUUACAAAUGUCAAUCGAUUGUGAUGGAAAUGUUAUGAUGCAUUUUCGAAACGAUAAUUUAACUAUAAAUGUUUGCCAUAAUGGAUUAUUGGUGGACAUUUCUCAUCAUCAAUCAAUGGAUCAUGAAUACAAUUUCUAUGAAUUACCAGAAAAAUAUUGGAAACAUUUUUUAUAUGUUACUAAAUUUAUAAAUUUAGUUCGUUCAAAAACACGUAAAAUAAUCAUAAAUUGUGGUGAUUGGCUCAAUAAGACCAAUAAUCGAUUCGAUAAUAGUGAUAGUAAAAAAUUCAUCAACAAAUGCAUAUUGAUGAAUGAUGGCCAUUUCGAAGUGAAUGUUUAUGAUGGAAUUUUGAAUGAAAAUUCUACAUAUCAAUUAGAUGAAAUUUCCAAAUCAUUGGAUCAUGAUCUCAAACAGAAUGUAAAUAAAUUAUAUGAACUAUAUUCGACCACAAUGAAAUUGGAACAAACAUUAGAAAUUCAAAGUAAAAAACUUGGCAUCGAUUUGUUUCCAAUUACCAUUGGUAUUGAUUCAAAAUUAUUUGAAACAUCAUCAUCACGUUUAAGUGAAAAUAAUUCAUUUUUAACAAGUAAAAUUUUACGUUCCAUUCCUGUCAAUGGAAUUGGCCAUGCAAUUCAGUUCACAAAUGGUUCGAUUAAAGUUAAUUUCGAUGAUGGUUCCGAUCUGUGUAUGGAUCGUGAUAAUCGAAUCUUUUAUCUACAUGAUGGUAUUCUUGACCGAUAUCAUAAAGAUGAUAAAUUACCUGAUUUUAUCGUCGAUAAAUUAACACAACUUCCACAGGUGAUUGAACGUUUGAAAAUUUCAUAAAAUUAAUCAAUAAAUUUUCAAUGAAAAUAAUAAAAUGUUUAUUUG